AACUGAAAGUCUGAAACCGAUCGAUCGGAAAAGCCACGCCACCAUUUUCAUUCAUCACUGAUUAACUCACUGCUUCUGAGUUCUGUCUGCUGUGUUUUUGGUUGGUGGAAACGAAGGCAAGAAGAAAGAUCGGAGAAAUGGAGAGCUCGGGAGAGAUGGUGGCGUUCCCCUUGUUGAUUACGCCGAUCGAGACCAAUUACAGGGCAUGCACGAUCCCCUACAGGUUCCCCUCUGAUAACCCCAAGAAACCAACUCCCACUGAGCUCUCUUGGAUCAACCUCUUCGCCAAUUCGAUUCCCUCUUUCAAGAAGAGAGCAGAAAGCGAUGAUACUGUCUCCGAUGCUCCUGCUAAAGCUGAAAAGUUUGCUCAAAGGUAUACUGAAUUACUAGAGGACUUCAAAAAAGAUCCUGAAAGCCAUGGUGGACCACCUGAUUGCAUACAUCUUUGUCGUAUGCGUGAGCUUAUCCUCAGAGAGGUUGGUUUCAGAGACAUAUUCAAGAAAGUUAAGGAAGAAGAAAAUGCCAAAGCAAUAACCUUAUUUAAGGAAGUUGUUGAGUUGAAUGAUGCUAUUGAAGAUGAAUCAAAGCGAAUGGAGAAUUUGGUCAGAGGAAUAUUUGCAGGGAACAUAUUUGAUCUAGGUUCUGCACAGCUUGCAGAGUUAUUCUCAAAAGAUGGAAUGUCCUUUUUGGCCAGUUGUCAAAAUAUUGUUCCUCGACCUUGGGUUAUUGAUGAUUUGGAUGCUUUCAUUUCAAAAUGGAGCAAGAAACCUUGGAAAAAGGCUGUGAUAUUUGUGGAUAAUUCAGGUGCAGAUAUUGUUUUGGGUAUAUUGCCUUUUGCUAGAGAAUUACUUCGUCAUGGGACAAAGGUUGUAUUGGCAGCUAAUGACCUGCCUUCUAUCAAUGAUGUAACUUAUCAUGAGCUACUGGAGAUCAUCUCAAAGUUGAAGGAUGAAAAUGGAAAGCUUUUGGGUGUUGAUAUUCAGAAUCUUUUGAUUGCCAAUUCUGGUAAUGAUUUACCGGUAAUUGAUCUUGCCAGCGUGUCACAAGAGCUUGCAUACCUGGCAAGUGAUGCUGACCUGGUAAUUUGUGAAGGAAUGGGUCGAGGAAUCGAGACAAAUCUUUAUGCUCAAUUUAAGUGUGAUUCCCUCAAGAUUGGAAUGGUGAAGCAUCAAGAGGUUGCCCAGUUCCUUGGUGGGAGGCUGUACGAUUGUGUAUUCAAGUUCAAUGAAGUUGCAACUUGUUGAUUUAAUUCUUUCUGAAAACUAUAAAAUAUAUAUAUAACUUUGAGGAGGAAGUGUAGUAGUUUGUACUCUGUAGAUGAUGACACACACAAUGAAUCUGGUGUCUUUUUUUUUUGCCUAACCACUUUCUUAGUUCGAAAGAAUAUUUUGAUAAGUGGGAAGUGUAGGUGAUGUGAAAAUUAAAUUGGUUCCUAAUUAAUGCUCCUACGUAUUCAAUAA